AACCCAUUAUAAGACGAGUGAGUGACAGAGACAGUUGCCAAAAUCCUAAGUAAAGGUUUUGGUGUUAGCUUAUUGAAUCUUCCAUGGCUGCGAGGAGACCCGUCCAGUGUUUGCUGCAAAGGGUUUGCGGCGGAAGCAGACGAUUCGGUGUUGCUCUUCAGGGCCAUGCUUCUUCUUCCUCUUCUCAGCAACUCAUUGACAAGGAAUAUCAGUACAGCGCCCACAAUUACCAUCCAAUUCCCAUUGUGUUUUCUCAAGCAAAGGGAGCUGCUGUGUGGGAUCCAGAGGGAAACAAAUAUCUUGAUUUCUUAUCUGCUUAUUCUGCUGUUAAUCAGGGACAUUGCCAUCCUAAAAUUCUGAAAGCCUUAACAGAGCAGGCAGAAAAGCUGACCCUGAGCUCUCGAGCCUUUUACAAUGAUCGGUUUCCACCAUUUGCUGAGCAUUUGACAAGUAUGCUUGGUUAUGAUAUGGUGCUUCCCAUGAACACUGGUGCUGAAGGAGUGGAAACAGCUCUGAAAUUAGCAAGAAAGUGGGGUUAUGAAAAGAAAAGAAUUCCCAAAGAUGAGGCUAUUAUUGUGUCAUGUUGUGGCUGCUUCCAUGGCCGUACACUAGCUGUUAUAUCUAUGAGUUGUGACAAUGAAGCUACCCGGGGUUUUGGUCCUUUAUUGCCUGGCCAUCUUAAAGUUGAUUUUGGUGAUGCAGAAGCCCUUGAAAGAAUUUUUAAAGAAAAAGGAGAACACAUAGCUGGCUUUCUUUUGGAACCCAUCCAGGGUGAAGCUGGGGUAAUCAUUCCUCCGGAUGGCUAUUUGAAAGCUGUUAGAGAUCUUUGCACCAGAUAUAAUGUGCUGAUGAUUGCAGACGAAAUACAAACUGGGUUAGCAAGAACGGGGAAGAUGCUGGCUUGUGACUGGGAAGAAGUUCGCCCAGAUGUUGUGAUACUAGGGAAAGCAUUGGGUGGAGGAGUUUUUCCUGUGAGUGCAGUUCUUGCAGACAAGGAUGUAAUGCUUUGUAUAAAACCAGGAGAGCAUGGAAGUACCUUUGGCGGGAACCCAUUGGCCAGUGCAGUCGCAAUUGCGGCACUAAAUGUGAUCAAAGAGGAGAGGCUUGUCGAAAGAUCUGAGCAACUGGGAGAGGAGCUCGGCCGCGAGCUGCACAAGAUUCAGCAACAAUACCCGAAGUAUGUGAAGGAGGUUCGCGGACGAGGAUUGUUCGGCGCGGUGGAGCUUAACAGCAAGAGCUUGUCCCCUGUAUCAGCCUAUGAUUUGUGCGAAAAGCUGAAGGAUAGAGGAGUCCUUGCGAAGCCGACACACGAUACAAUUAUCCGCUUUACGCCUCCACUUUGCAUCAGUUGGGAUGAGAUACAAGAAGGUUCUAAGGCCCUGGCUGAUGUCUUGGAAAUUGAUUUACCCAAGCUUCAAAAGACGAAGCCAAAACAUGAUGCUUCUCAAGUUGCCUCCCAUUCCCAUGCAUGCGAUCGUUGCGGUCGACUCUUGUACGGUUGAAUCAUUAGAGCACCCUUCUAUUCUACUAUAUAAAAGAGGAGAAUAAUUUUGUAAUAUCCUCACACUAUUCAAUAAUCGAGAUUAAUUUCUUGACAACAAAACUAAUCGUAACGUUUUACAGGCCAAUUACUCACUUCUUUUA